GCCGUGCGCCAUUUGGCAGUGUGUGGGGAGCGCGAGCCUUCGGUACCCGGAUUAACAGACAGCGCGCGGUGGGAUUGUUUCCCGGUUUGUGUUACCCGAGCACGAGCCGCUCCCCGUGUCACCCCCUUCCGGGCUGAUGUCCGUCCUGGCCAGCUCCCCCCUGCAGCAUGGCCUGUGAGCUCUGGCCGUGGGACCCAGAUCACCGUCCGCUGCCAGCCCAGGGCCCCGACCCCAGGACCCGCUAGGACCCCCCCCCCCUCCCGCCAUGUCCGGGGCUCCCACCGGGGCCUUCCUGGCUCCCCCCCGCCCCUCCAAUGGCUCCAGCUCGGACACCUCGCUGGGGGAGCGGCUGUCAGCCCCCGGGGGGGAGGCGGCCGGGGCCAGGCCCGAGGAGUUCCGCCGCCGCCGGCACACCAUGGACAAGGAUAAGGCCGAGCACCGCUUCUUCCGCCGCAGCGUAAUCUGCGACUCGAACGCCACGGCCCUGGAGCUGCCCUCCAACCAGUCCAUCGUCAGCUCCCCGCCCGAGUCCGAGACCGGCCUCACCGUGCCCGCCGAGGAGGGGCCCUGCCCGGCACACACCGCCGCCACUGACCCCCCGGAGCCGGCACCCCAGCCCGCCCGGCUCCCGGAGCUCACCGUCACCGACAGCACCCAACAUGCCGCCCCGCUCCCGGGGGAGGCCAAGGCCGCCAAGCCGGCCGAGCAGGAGGAGGACAGUGUCCGCAGCCAGCAGGAGAAACUGGCCGAUGAGAACGAGGAGCUGGAGACCAAGGCCGUGGGCUUCUCCCCCGAUGGCAGGUUCCUCAAGUUUGACAUCGAGAUCGGGAGAGGCUCCUUCAAGACGGUGUAUAAAGGGCUGGAUACCGAGACCACCGUGGAAGUGGCCUGGUGUGAGCUGCAGGACCGUAAGCUUUCCAAGUCAGAACGUCAGAGGUUUAAGGAGGAGGCUGGAAUGCUGAAGGGUCUUCAACACCCUAACAUAGUCAGAUUCUAUGAUUCCUGGGAGUCUACAUUGAAAGGAAAGAAAUGCAUUGUUCUUGUGACCGAGCUGAUGACCUCUGGCACCUUAAAAACAUACCUGAAGAGAUUCAAGGUGAUGAAACUGAAGGUUCUAAGAAGCUGGUGUCGGCAAAUCCUCAAAGGUCUGCAAUUUCUGCAUACACGUACACCUCCUAUUAUCCACAGGGACCUGAAGUGUGACAACAUCUUUAUCACCGGCCCUACGGGUUCUGUGAAAAUAGGAGACUUGGGCUUGGCUACUUUAAAACGAGCUUCUUUUGCAAAGAGUGUUAUAGGUACCCCUGAGUUCAUGGCCCCAGAGAUGUAUGAGGAGAAAUACGAUGAGUCCGUAGACGUGUAUGCUUUUGGGAUGUGCAUGCUUGAGAUGGCCACAUCUGAAUACCCUUACUCCGAGUGCCAAAAUGCUGCGCAGAUCUACCGCCGGGUCACCAGUGGUGUAAAGCCAGCCAGCUUUGAUAAAGUUGCCAUUCCAGAGGUGAAAGAAAUUAUUGAGGGAUGCAUUCGCCAGAACAAAGAUGAAAGGUACGUCAUCAAGGACCUUUUGAACCAUGCCUUCUUCCAAGAGGAGACUGGGGUACGUGUGGAGCUGGCAGAGGAGGAUGAUGGGGAGAAGAUUGCCAUCAAGUUGUGGCUUCGCAUUGAGGAUAUAAAAAAACUCAAGGGCAAAUACAAGGACAAUGAAGCCAUUGAGUUUUCCUUUGAUCUGGAGAGGGAUGUUCCUGAUGAUGUGGCACAGGAAAUGGUGGAAUCUGGAUAUGUGUGUGAAGGUGACCACAAAACCAUGGCUAAAGCAAUCAAAGACAGAGUGUCACUCAUCAAACGUAAGCGUGAGCAGCGUCAGCAGGUACGCGAGGAGCAGGAGAAAAGGAAACAGGAGGAGAUUGUGCAGAGUCAGCAGCAGUCAGAUCUUCAGACACAAAGCCCUCCACAGGGCACAGGAAAAACCUCUGCAGUACCAGCCAAUGCCAGCACAGCUCCUGCACCAACAAGCAUGCUGGCUGGCCCUGCCUUACAAGUGGAACCUGAGGAGCCAGAGGCUGAUCAGCAUCUCCAGUACCAGCAGCCCAGCAUAUCAGUCACAUCUGAUGGCAAUGUUGACAGUGGUCACGGUUCUUCAUUGUAUCUGGAAUCUCGAGUUGGCAGCCAGCAGGCAGCUUCUUACAGCUCCCAGCAGGACCCAAGCCUUAACCUGAACAUGGUGUCUGGAUACAGCACUCCAAAUGUCCAGCCUCCUACACAGCCUGGUGGAUACACUGCUACAGUUGGGACUCAACAAAUAUCUGGCCCACCUGGGGUCCCUUCUGUUCCAGUGGGUGUUAGCUCUCAGCCUCCUCAACAAAUAAUGCAGGGUGUGCAACAGCAUCAACCAUCCCCUGCCACCCAGGGAACACCAUACCAGGUCCCACUACCUCUUCCUACAGCAGUUUCCAGUAUAGCUGCACUAACCCAGCCUGUCAUUUCCCAUGCACAAGCACCUACUUGUGGUCCCCAGCUCCCAGUUUCUCAACCUUUGCCAGCUGUCCAAGGAGAGCCUCAGAUUCCUGUUCCAGCAGCACCAGUCCCCCGACCUUCCGUUGUUCCCCUAGUGCCAGCCUCUCUGCCACCUCAGUUUCUUCCUUUGUCACAGCCUUUGGUGGCAGUCCCACUUUUAUCCCAGUUUGCUGCACCACAGUUACCCCUGAACAUCCCUCCCACUUUAGCACAAACAGGUUUUCCUGCACUUCCAAUCCCAAUGUCUCCAGGUAUUGGGCAGGCUGGAUCAGUGAUCCCUCAAACAUUAGGAACCCCUGUCCUCACAUCUGGCCAGACAGUCAUACUACCCAGUCAUAUUCCUGCUGUUGCUAUUCAGCAGUUGACACAAGUCCCCCCACAGCCCCUGCACCCUACAGCUCAACCUGGAUUAUCAGCCAUCCUCGGAACAGCUGCUGAACCUCCGUUUCCUCCAGGGGAUUCUCCAUACCAGAACUUCCAACCUCCACACCCCUCUUCAUUCCCUGGAGACUCAGGUCUACCUCCUUCUGUCCUUCCUCCAUCAGUGGUCUCUCCUCCAGGAUGUACAGAAGGUGUAGCUCAGGCAGGUCACCUGUCUAGCCUAACAAAGCCUUAUGUGGAUAGCAGUUUGCUUCUUCAAGGAGGGCUGCCUCCACAACCCAUGGCCUCUCUGCCCCAGCCGGUGCCUGCCACUCAAGCUCAGCCUGUCCAGGAUGGCCCACAAAAUAGCACACAGGCUGCUCCUCUUGAAACACAGUCUGCUUCUCAGGUGGCCUCUUCAAUGGACAGUGCCCACUCAGAUGUAGCAUCAGGUCUCAGUGAUGGAAAUGAGGGAGUCACCGGUUCCAGUGGGAGACAUGAGGGGCGCACCACCAAACGCCAUUAUCGUAAAUCUGUGCGUAGCCGUUCUCGGCACGAGAAAACAACUCGUCCCAAGCUUCGAAUACUUAAUGUAUCAAACAAAGGUGACAGGGUGGUGGAGUGUCAGCUCGAGACUCAUAACCGCAAGAUGGUUACCUUCAAAUUUGACCUGGAUGGAGACAAUCCUGAAGAAAUUGCAACGAUAAUGGUUCAGAAUGUGUUUAUCUUGGCCUCAGAGAGAGAAUCAUUUGUUGAUCAAGUGAAAGAUAUAAUUGAGAAGGCAGAUGAGAUGUUGAGCGAAGAUGUUAGUGUGGAGCCUGAAGGAGAUCAAGGAGGAGAUCAUAUGCAAAUCAAGGACGACUCCUAUUAUCCAGAGUCUCAGAAGCUGGAGGGAGAAUUCAGGAAGCCAGCUCCUGUGUACUACCUGCCACAGAGAAUGGAUCUUCUCCCACAAGGCUCCAAUACUCAGGUCGUCCAUUCAGCAGGGAGACGCUUCAUAGUCAGCCCUGUUCCAGAAAGUCGUCUGAGAGAACCCAAGUUCUUCAAUACAACUCAGCAGGAUCCCCAGUUGAGCAUUCCAGAUACUCAUGCUCCUGGUCAUGGUCCUGGUAUGAAUCUUUCUCACUCUGCUUCUUCUGUAAGCCUGCAUAAUGCCUUUGCAGAGCUUCGGCGGGCACAAACUGCUGAUGGUCCUAGUACAGCUCCCCCUAUCUUUAAUCAAACAGGACCUCCAUUUCCUCCAUCCAUGACAAACCUUACAGGAAGUCUGACAGCUACUGUGGGAACACUUCCCCCAACUUCUACAGCUGUUCCUAGCACCAUGCAUUCAGGAGUUACACAAACAGUGGUGGAUACUUUUCGGACAGAGGCCUCAGAAAGGAUCAGUGCAGGUGUGGCUCCAAGUAUCAGUAUGCCAAGUCCUGCUUCCCUGACACAAGCCCCAGUCUCUACUCAACCCCUUACCGCAGUGAUAUCUGGAGGAUCCCUGCCUGGAACUACACUCCCUACAUUGCCGUUGGUUCCUGGAGUUCCAAUUGCAGGACCUCUGAUGUCACCCCCUGAACAGUUGGUGCCAUCAUCCAUUGCUCCUGGUGCCAUAACCCAGCAGGUAACCUCUCCAGUGCAGCAGUCCUCAGCUAGUGUGGCAACAAACAUGCCACACACUUCUGUCUCUGCACCACUCAUUUUGGGUACUGUGACUGCGAGUACAGUACCACUGAGUAGCAGCACUUCUGCACCAAGCUUUGUCGAAAAUGUUGCAGUGACUGCCCCUCAACUGGAGAUAAUUAAGAAACCAACAGAGACACUGACAUCCAUCAGCACAAGUGGCAUGACCCUUCCCAUCAUCGGACCUCUUACAUAUGCAGGUGUGGCAGCAGCUGGUUUAAAUCUGUCUGAAAACCAGGCUCUCGUUCAUACAGUGCACCUUCCACAAGGUGUAGCAACAACUCCUGUUGUAGGACAAGCAGGAGGAGCAGCUUCCACACCACUAACUAAUAUCCCAUUGCCCGGAGGUGUUCCCCUUGGUCAUCAAUUAUCCAGUCAACCUUCUGUUCAACAUACACUGGCACAGAGUCAGCCACAACCUACCCCCCUCCCUAACCUGCCCCUCUCUCACUCUUUGGAAGGAGAUGACAGUAUAAAUAAACCUGGCAUAGAUGAUAUCAAAACUUUGGAGGAGAAGUUAAGGUCACUGUUCAGUGAGCAUGGUGGCAUGGGGGCACCUCAUGGUCUCACUCCAUUAGAAGCUUCCAUAGGGCAGGAUGGUAUUCCCAUACCCGGGCCUCUCCCAACCACCACAUCAGCUCAGACUAAGCCAACUGUUUCCAGUGCCUCUGCACCACCAACAAGUUUGCCCCUUGGGCCUACUACACAGCCUAGCAUGGUUCAAAUGUCAACACCUGGACAAGCCGGUACUCCAGCUGCCCUGUCUUCAUCAGGAGGUGUUGCAACAACAGGAAAAGCAGCAGCAACUUCAUCAAAGCCACCUCUCACUAGGAUGCCGGGGCUCCCAUCUGGCACAGAGAGCCUAGAAGGCAGCCACCCUGAUGAACAACUGCCUCCACUUCCAGGACCUUCACUAACUCAGUCUCAGCAGCCACUGGAAGACCUGGAUUUCCAGCUGAGAAGGACCUUGAGCCCUGACACUGUCUCUGUACCCUCUGCACCCAUCUGUCCCACACCUGGAGCAGGCCCCACGAAUGAGACUGAACAAAUAGUCUCUACUUCACAGCCUUCAGGGGAUGUGAUUGUAAAAGCUGCUGAAGGUGUAGAAGCCAGCUCUGGAGUUCAGAAGAUGGGACGCUUCCAGGUGUCCGUUGCAAAGGAGGAUGUAUUACAGCAGACUGAGCACCUAAAGCAGUCAAAGUUGAAGACUCUGUCCAGCUCUUCGUCUACAACCUCCUCUUCCUCACAGUCUGGCAGCAGCCCUGAGAGCACACUAGUUAAAGCGCAGUCCAAUACAGCCACUUCCUUAGAUAUAGUGGAUGGUGUGGGUGUCACACAGAGUCAAUCACAGAGCCUUUCCCCUAAGCAGUCUGUAACAGUAGGCCGUUUCCAGGUGACACCUGCCAAUACAGAUAAAGUUGGUCGCUUUUCUGUGUCCCGGGCACAAGAAGAAUUGUCAUGCGGCCUAGUGGAGGCUGUUGUUCUGCGAGCUUCAUCCCCUAAGACAGAGUCGCACCUUAAUGGACCUUCUUCUCAGCCUGACUCCUCUGGCCUUCUGAGUGAUCCUGCUAAAGAUUGCCAGGAUGACAGUUUAGGAAGCCCUGUUACACUUCACCCACUGGGCUCAAAAGUCAGUUUACAAAGCCUCAGCAACUCUUUCAAUUCUUCAUACAUGAGCAGUGAUAAUGAGUCUGACAUAGAAGACGAGGACCUAAAGAAGGAGCUAAGGAGACUACGAGACAAGCACUUGAAGGAGAUCCAGGAGCUGCAUAGUCGUCAAAAGCAAGAGAUUGAGCUACUGUACACUGCCUUAGGGAAGGUACCCCCAGCUGUCAUAAUUCCCCCAGCAGCACCCCUCUCUAACAGGCGACGAAGACCCACCAAGGGCAAGGGGAGUAAAUCUAGCAGAGCCAGCUCUCAUGGAACCCGGAGCCCACAGCUAUCAGGUGACAUGUCCACCCAGAGUGGUCCUUCUGCCCUGGCCGCAAAGCAGAACUUUCUAGGGCUACCCACCAGUGUUCCAGAUACUGGACAGCUUCUCAAGCCCUCACCUUCCAGCGACAUCCUCUGCUCAGCCUAUACCAGUGAUGCUGCCCUCUCUGCUCCCAGUCUGUCUGCACAUGGGCAAGGCUGGGCCAAGUUUAACUGUGCAUCAGAGCGAGUAUCCUUCAAAGUGACCGGCAGGAGGACGCGAUUUCUGAGUACGCCCUGCUUGGCUCUUUGGAAGAUGGUGAAAAAAGUCUGCCCUUGCAACCAGCUCUGUAGGACCAGCAGCACUAACACCGUUGCCCCUUCAAAUGCUCCAACAGCCCAGUCAAAUGUGCCUCCUGCAUCCUCUAGCCGGAAGGGAACUUUUACCGACGAUCUUCACAAACUAGUGGACAACUGGGCUCGAGAUGCCAUGAACCUGACCGGGAAAAAGAGCAAAACAUCUGGACAUCCAAACUAUGAGGGUCCUGGUAUGGCUCGAAAGUUUUCUGCUCCUGGACAACUGUGUGUGUCAAUGCCGCCGUCCCUUGGGGGGCCAGUCAAUCUCCCAGCAGCUUCUGCUACCUCUCUUGCUCACUUUCCCAAAGGCAUCUGUCCAACGCAGCAGUUUGGCUUCUCUGGCACCCAGUUCCCAGUUCCAUGGAGUGGUCCUGGAGGUCCCAAUAAUGCACAGACCCUCAGUCAGUUCCCCCCGGCAGUAACUUCUUCCUUGCAGAACUUCAACAUCAGCACCCUUCAGAAAUCUAUCAGUAACCCCCAAGGAUCCAAUUUGCGGACUACCUAACAGUUGGGGAGAGGAUUCCAUGACAAAUACUAAAAGACUUAGGGGUUGCAAGGAGCGUCUAUGAGCACUGAAAGCCCCUCUAAAUUAUAACGUCUCUUGGAACCACUCUCCCAAUGUGUGCAAAGUCUCCUUCCUGCCAAUCAGGGAUGGAUGGGACCGUGGCCACUACUUAGAGUGCUGUGACAGGUCCCUAUGUAGUGCAAAUAACUAUUGUACUUUUGGGUCAUAAGAAGAGGGGCAGUUUCAAUCCCUGUAGGAAUAGCAGGGCAGUUAUAAGCUGGCAGCAGAGAAUCUACACAAACUUCCUCUGCUCCAAUGUAUAGGUCAUUUAUGCUUUAAAAUAAAGAAAUAUUAACGGCUUUGACUGCAGCAUUACAAGUGUACGGAUUUAAAAGUAAAUAUAUAAAUAUAUAUAAAUAUUAAAAUUUAAAAAAAAAAAAAUAACGUUCGGUGAGGACAUUACUGUGCCAUCAGUUAUGAUGUGGAUACACUGUGAUAUAUAUAAAUAUAUAUAAAUGUUGUUGGACAACAGUAGUUAUUAUAUGAUAGCAGGAUGUUAGAGGGUUAAAAACGAAAGAGAGCUUUGUCUCUUAUCGCCUCAUCAGAGACACUUUAAUGGAAAUGUUUUUGUCUUCUUAGAUAAAUGUGAAUGUAAGAUUGUAUAAACUGGACUUGAACCCAGCCCUCUCCUCCCGAUAUUCUUGCUGCGUAUUUUAGUGCCUUUAAAGCUACAUCCUGUGUAUUUUGUAACAGUUUGCAGACAAAGGGACCCUGCAAAGCAGUUGAAUAGCCCCAUAGCCGUAAAAAAAAUUCUCCUACGCCACCAGGGCAGAGUAACAAAUAUUGUUCUUGUUUGUUUACGUUCCCCAACUUCUGUCCUGGUUUCUAAAUGGUCGGGUGCGGACUGGAGGCUGCUUGAUGGUUAUUUAGUAUUUAAUUGUUGUGGUUCGGCUCUCAGAUAGUUGCAAGAUCGAAGCAUGUGAAAUAUUCACGGUAGACUGACACUGGGAUAUAGCACAAAUUAAACUGACCUUCCAGUCUCCGCAGACAGGAUGAAUGGAGGACAGGCUGUGGCGCUGUGUGUGGCUGACAUGUUUAUCGGAUGUUGGGGAGGAAGGUGAGAUAGAGAAGGUGUUGGAAAGUGUAGAAGGUACUGCUCCUUUAAGGAUUGUUUUGUGGAAUAGUUACCUGUUAUUUUUUUGGCUCCUAGCCAUACUGCAUUGCAGGCCCUUUUGGCAAUGGAAAAGUUUAAAAUUGACUUUUUUUCUUUCCAUUUUUAUAUAUAUCUAUUCUGUUCAUGGUGAAUAUGUGAAGCUAUGUGGGCAGCAGGAGAACGGGGAUGAUUGCAGUCACACACUAGCAGCAGAUUUGUUUUCUUUAUGUAUAUUCCUGGUAUUUGUAUGUGUUUGGGUUGUUUUUCUCAGCUUUUAUAUUAGCAGAAUUCAAAGGUGGAAGCUGAGACCCCCUACCCAUUAAUUAUAACUGCUGCUUUUCACUCUGGCACCUUUAAUAAUGAAAACCUUGCAAAGCAGUAUUAGCUCGGGUGCAUAAUAGUGAUCAAGAUGCCUUUUAUCUCAUGGUGAGACAUUUUUAAAAUCUAGAGAUGCAGGUGACACAAAACUUUUUAUGUUUCGUUUUAGAUAGUCUCCGCUGACUUGACCGUAAUAGCUGAUACCCCAAUACGAAUUAACAAGCCUUUCUUUUUUUUAUGAAAGCAGAUACUUAUAAAUCCAUCACAAAUGCCUUCAGAAUUUUCAUGUUUUCAGGGCAACUGCAACUUAAAAUUACUCAGAUAUAAAUAUAUAUGUUUAAAUCUGUUGUUUAAUUUUCUGCUGAAAUUUUGGGGGUCAUUUUAUUCCAUAUGCAAGGAGGAGAUUAUGUUUCAAACCUUAAAGUGAGAUAGUUGAAGAAAAGGUAAAUGCAAUUAGAUCUCUUCAUGCGUAAUGUUUUCGUUUGCCUUAGCAGAGAAUCCACAUCUCGUGGACUAACAGCAAUGGCGUAGUAAGGCGCUUUUGUAUUUCAGAUUCUAUUGCAUUGUGGGUAGAGUUCAGGAAUAGUUUGAGGUGGGAGCAAUUUAUUACUGCUUGGAUCAAGAUGGGGUGUUAGAUGGCUAAUUAGAUGGAUCUGAUGAGGGACUUGCACAUUGUAAGCAGCAGAUUGAUAUUUAUUUUGAGUAAAUAUUUUAUAUAAUUUUUUUCACUUUUCAUUGUUUUCCCCCUUCUUUCAUGUACAUUGUGCCUGCUCUUAUUUUCCACUGUUUUGUUUUCCUUCCUGUGGACACACUAUAUAUUAUAGAAAAAUAAAGAAAAUGCUACUGACCUGUUCAAUAACCGAUAUUUACACUUUUGCAUCUUACUGCCUUUCCUAAAUGAGCCUAUUCCCAGAUUUCAAAAAUGUUUUCCUGACCAUAUUUAACACUGUAUUAAAGAUAAGGAAAAAAAGAAAUAAAAAAUGAGAAUGUGGGAUUUCCCUGGAGCUGUGAAUUUCUGUUUGCACUUUGUCCUCCAUCUUUCUGUACAAAUGCACUUUUCUCUUUUUAUCGCCUCUGUAGACUAUAAAAAACAAACAACAACAAAAAAAACUAAUAAAGGAAGCCUUAUUUUA